AUGAGUGGUUGUAGACCCCUCAGUUUGCCUAUGCCACAGCAUUUAAAAUUGACAGCUUAUGAAGAAGGGAAGCAUCGAAAGGAGGAUCUGUUCGCAGAACCAGGGAAGUAUAGGAGACUGAUAGGAAAACUAAUAUAUUUAACUAUGACAAGGCCUGAUAUUUCCUUUCCUGUGCAGGUAUUGAGUCAAUUCAUGCAACUACCAAUGAAGUGUCAUUGGGGAGCUGCUAUGGGAGUGCUGAGAUACCUCAAACAAUCGCCUGGUCUUGGAAUUCAGCUGAGCUCAAAGGGGGAUUUGAAGCUUCACUGCUUUUGUGAUUCAGAUUGGGGGUCAUGUGAGACCACGCGGAGGUCCGUGACUGGCUAUCUUCUCAAAUUAGGAGAUGCACUUAUAAUCUGGAAAACAAAGAAGCAAGUGACAGUUUCAAGAUCCUCUGCUGAAGCUGAGUAUAGGGCAUUGGGUUCAGCUGUCCUGAAGUAA